AUGGAAUCGAUGGAAUGUCUUCGAAAGUCAGUCCAGCUAAAGGAAUCCUGUUCUGAAUGUGCAACAUCUCGAAUCAGCUGCAGUCAGAACACUGUCAACCAGAUAUAUACGGGUGACGCAUUUCAGACUGAGCAGUACAUCUCUAGUGAUCCAAUCACAACUACCUCCUUCUCUUCUAUCACACCUGAGUAUCUUAUGGUGAAAUUUCUGAAGGUUACAUUUGAAGUCUUGAUUCACUGGAAUAUCCAAUACACAUGCUUUUUUGAAUUCCAGAUUCUCCAGAAUCCCUUUCAAGUCCUCGUUCCUCAUCGCCUUCUCUCCUUGGAUAUGGAUCUCCUCACAUUCAUUGAAUCCUUCAUAAAAUGGUCGUCUGGAUUCUGGAAAGUCAUCUGGAUGGAGACGGAGUAUAGAUUAUCCAAAGGUGACAGAGCGAACUUGGGGAAUCAAACUCUUCGAGCUCUUCGAGCUCUUCCACCUCUUCCACCUCGACCUAGUCUUUCUCUUCUUCGUCCUCUUCGUCCCACGGCUCCUGCCCUGUCGCUAUUCGCCAACACCGCCUGUAAUUUUCGUAAAUUUAUGUCAUAUCAGGCUUGA